AUGUAGUUUUGAUAUUUUGUUUUAGCUUUCCGGUUUUCAGAAAAGUUCCAAUUGUACUUUUGUCCCAAAGUCUCUAAUAGUUUCCUGGCGCAGUUUUACAUUGAUCUAGAGAUUAAAUCCAAAUUAAACGGACGAAGAAAUACAUCUGAAAGAAAUAGAAGAGAGGAAGGAUGAUGGUGGAGGGGGAGGACCAGAGAGGGGAGACCUUCAUACCCAGUGAGGGAGAGGGGUCUGGUGGACAGGAGGCCAUCCACAUGAAGGAGUCCAUUGUCGAGGACAACACAGUACCGGAUGAGGGUUCACGGAAGCCAACCACAGGACCAGUGGUUGUCACGGGAAACUUGAAAAUGCCCGCCAUCGAGAAACUGGAACAGGUUCGCAAAUGGAGCAUCACUACUUAUAAGUGUACUAAGCAGGUUCUGUCAGAGAAGAUGGGUCGUGGAUCCCGUACGGUCGACCCAGAACUCGAGGCCCGCAUCGACAUUCUCCGUGAUGACCGCCGCCGUUAUGAUCAUGUGACCUGCUUGGCCCAGACACUCGCCACGCAGCUCGCCCAGGUCACGCAGACGCAAAGGACUCUGGGCGAUGCCUUCACCGAGCUCAGCCUCAAAACGCCGCCACUAAACGUAGAGUUUGGUCUGAACGGGGACACCCAGCGGUUCCUGUCUAAGAGCGGAGAGGUCCUGGUCUCGGCUAUGAACUCUUUCACCUCCGAUAUGAACACGCUGGUUAACAAAACUAUAGAGGACACCAUGGUUAACGUCAAACACUACGAGACAGCCAGGAUAGAGUACGAUGCGUACCGUUGUGACCUGGAGGACUUGAACCUGGGACCUCGAGACACCGCCACCCUCCCCAAACUAGAGCAGGCCCAGAGAACCUUCCAGAACCAGAGGGAGAAGUACGAGAAGAGCCGAAACGACCUGUCAGUCAAACUCAGACUACUGGAGGAGAAUAAGGUAAAGGUUCUCCAACAUCAGUUGGUAUUGUUCCAUGGUGCUGUAGCCUCCUGCAGCACCUCCAACCACCAGCACCUGGAGCUCAGCCUGCAGCAGGCAAGCACCAAGCUACCCAUGCCCGGCACGGAGCCUCCUUCCUGGCUAGAGGAGAGCUUAUCACCCCAAUAACCAUCCACCAUGUCUGGGGGUCCAUGAAACCUUCCAGUAUCUGAAUGCAAGUUGGGGCCUCUCAACUGCCACCUCUGUGGGCCAAAACAGAGUGUAUUGCCGACACUCCUGUAGGAGCUAUAGGUUCUCCUCUUACCCUAUAGGUCCUCCUCUUACCCUAUAAGUUCUCCUCUUACCCUAUAGGUCCUCCUCUUACCCUAUAGGUUCUCCUCUUACCCUAUAGGUUCUCCUCUUACCCUAUAGGUUCUCCUCUUACCCUAUAGGUCCUCCUCUUACCCUAUAAGUUCUCCUCUUACCCUAUAGGUCCUCCUCUUACCCUAUAGGUUCUCCUCUUACCCUAUAGGUUCUCCUCUUACCCUAUAAGUUCUCCUCUUACCCUAUAGGUUCUCCUCUUACCCUAUAGGUUCUCCUCUUACCCUAUAGGUUCUCCUCUUACCCUAUAGGUUCUCCUCUUACCCUAUAGGUUCUCCUCUUACCCUAUAGGUCCUCCUCUUACCCUAUAGGUUCUCCUCUUACCCUAUAGGUUCUCCUCUUAACCUAUAGGUCCUCCUCUUACCCUAUAGGUUCUCCUCUUACCCUAUAGGUUCUCCUCUUACCCUAUAGGUCCUCCUCUUACCCUAUAAGUUCUCCUCUUACCCUAUAGGUCCUCCUCUUACCCUAUAGGUUCUCCUCUUACCCUAUAGGUUCUCCUCUUACCCUAUAAGUUCUCCUCUUACCCUAUAGGUUCUCCUCUUACCCUAUAGGUUCUCCUCUUACCCUAUAGGUUCUCCUCUUACCCUAUAGGUUCUCCUCUUACCCUAUAGGUUCUCCUCUUACCCUAUAGGUCCUCCUCUUACCCUAUAGGUUCUCCUCUUACCCUAUAGGUUCUCCUCUUAACCUAUAGGUCCUCCUCUUACCCUAUAGGUCCUCCUCUUACCCUAUAAGUUCUCCUCUUACCCUAUAGGUCCUCCUCUUACCCUAUAGGUUCUCCUCUUACCCUAUAGGUUCUCCUCUUACCCUAUAGGUUCUCCUCUUACCCUAUAGGUCCUCCUCUUACCCUAUAGGUUCUCCUCUUACCCUAUAGGUUCUCCUCUUACCCUAUAGGUUCUCCUCUUACCCUAUAGGUUCUCCUCUUACCCUAUAGGUUCUCCUCUUACCCUAUAGGUUCUCCUCUUAACCUAUAGGUUCUCCUCUUACCCUAUAGGUUCUCCUCUUACCCUAUAGGUCCUCCUCUUACCCUAUAGGUUCUCCUCUUACCCUAUAUGUUCUAUAGGUUCUCCUCUUACCCAAUAGGUUCUCCUCUUACCCUAUAGGUUCUAUAGGUUCUCCUCUUAACCUAUAGGUUCUCCUCUUACCCUAUAGGUUCUAUAGGUUCUCCUCUUAACCUAUAGGUUCUCCUCUUACCCUAUAUGUUCUAUAGGUUCUCCUCUUAACCUAUAGGUUCUCCUCUUACCCUAUAGGUUCUCCUCUUACCCUAUAGGUUCUCCUCUUACCCUAUAGGUUCUCCUCUUACCCUAUAGGUCCUCCUCUUACCCUAUAUGUUCUAUAGGUUCUCCUCUUACCCAAUAGGUUCUCCUCUUACCCAAUAGGUUCUCCUCUUACCCUAUAGGUUCUCCUCUUACCCUAUAGGUUCUCCUCUUACCCUAUAGGUCCUCCUCUUACCCUAUAGGACCUAUAGGUUCUCCUCUUACCCUAUAGGUUCUCCUCUUAACCUAUAGGUUCUCCUCUUACCCUAUAGGUUCUCCUCUUAACCUAUAGGUUCUCCUCUUACCCUAUAGGUCCUCCUCUUACCCUAUAGGUUCUCCUCUUACCCUAUAGGUUCUCCUCUUACCCUAUAGGUUCUCCUCUUACCCUAUAGGUUCUAUAGGUUCUCCUCUUACCCUAUAGGUUCUCCUCUUACCCUAUAUGUUCUAUAGGUUCUCCUCUUACCCUAUAGGUUCUCCUCUUACCCUAUAGGUCCUCCUCUUACCCUAUAGGUUCUCCUCUUACCCUAUAGGUCCUCCUCUUACCCUAUAGGUUCUCCUCUUACCCUAUAGGUCCUCCUCUUACCCUAUAGGUCCUCCUCUUACCCUAUAGGUUCUAUAGGUUCUCCUCUUACCCUAUAGGUUCUCCUCUUACCCUAUAGGUUCUCCUCUUACCCUAUAGGUUCUAUAGGUUCUCCUCUUACCCUAUAGGUUCUCCUCUUACCCUAUAGGUUCUAUAGGUUCUCCUCUUACCCUAUAGGUUCUCCUCUUACGCUAUAGGUUCUCUAAAGGACCAAACUAACAUGUGAUGCUGAGAUAUGGAACCAAAGCCAGAGACUGUAGAAUGUUCUAGACUGUUAGAACCUUUUACACUCUAGAACCUUCUGGACUUUAAGGACCUUUAGAUCCUACCAGAAUCAACUACACUGAACAAAAAUAUAAAAACGCACAAACAAUUUCUACGAUUUUUCUGAGUUACAGUUCAUAUAAGGAAAUCAGUCGAUGUAAAUAAAU